AUCACACAGCUUGUGUAAAGGUGCCAGUGUACAGACGUAUACUCCUGAUAGGAAGCUGACUUUUUGAAAAAAGAAAACUUCUAAAAGAUAUUUUUCUGAUGCAUGCUCUACAAUUUUCCAGUCAACCUUUCAUUUUGAAUUUUAGGUUUGAGAAAUUUGUUUUCCUUUGUUCUUCACUGUAUUUACUUAAAUUGUGGAAAAAGAGGUUCCACACAUCCGGAUCGGAAUCAUGUAUUUAAACGACAGAAUUAAUACAAUAAACACCGAAAAGAGCAAGAAGAACAUAAAAGGGAAAACAUGUUCCUAUCUAAAGUCAAGCGUUCAUCAUGAAGAAAAAUCACCAAAGGAGAACAGCAAAGUGGAGCGAAACAGAAAAGCGACAGAGGAUGAAGAGUCACUGCAGAGGACAACCUUCGGAAAGGCAGUGUUCAAUAUGACCCACUCAGAGAGGGUGAUGGAUGAUCUGACAUGUGGACGGCGUGUGGGCUUUUAUGAGCUGAAGGGACAAAUUGGCUCUGGUAACUUUUCCCAAGUUAGACUGGGAAUACAUGAUCUGACCAAAGAGAGAGUGGCAGUAAAAGUCCUGGAUAAGGAGCGUCUGAACAAACAGGCCCAGACUCUCUUUGCCUCCGAGAUCAGCUGCAUGGAGAGAUUUUCCCAUCCUAACAUAGUGCGCCUGUAUGAAGUGGUGGAAACAUUUAACCGGCUUUACCUGGUGAUGGAGUAUGCCAGUGGAGGGGAGCUGUUCUCCAAGAUCACCACCAGAGGACGCCUCUCGGACCUGGAGAGCAAGCUGGUGUUUUCACAGGUUCUCUCAGCAGUGAAGCACAUGCAUGAUAAUAACAUUGUCCACAGGGACCUGAAGGCUGAGAAUGUGUUCUACACCCAAACCAACUGCAUUAAAGUAGGGGAUUUUGGUUUUAGCACAAGUUGCAGCCCUAAUGACAUAUUGCACACGUUCUGUGGCUCUCCACCUUAUGCAGCUCCUGAGCUUUUUAAAGAGAAAGGCUACAUUGGACAUUAUGUUGACACUUGGGCAAUGGGUAUUCUGCUUUACUUCAUGGUGACCGCCACAAUGCCCUUUAAAGCAGCCACCACAAACAGGCUGAAGAUUUGCAUCCUGCAGGGUUCUUACUCAAUUCCCUCAUAUGUUUCCAAGUCCUGCCAGGAGAUCAUAAAGGGUCUCCUGAGGCCAGUUCCUGUAGACCGUCUCAGCUUGGCACAAAUCAUGAGGAGCAGCUGGAUGGCAGGCAUCGAGUACCCCCAGGCCUACCCACCUUCCAGACCUACUCCGUCACACCUGGUCGAGCCAAACCACAUCCUCACCUCAGAGGAGCUAAAUGUGAAAGUGGCCCUGGAGGAUCUUGGCAUCAGUGCGUUUCAUCUCCUCAACAACAGUUUCGACAUAAGAAGCCCUAUCACCGGGACUUACCGGAUCAUGCUGCAUCGAAUCCAGAAAAGGCGAUCGAUAGAGGCGUCAGGUUACACUCGCACAUGUACGAGCGAGUCUCUGAACAGACUAAGAUGGAAAGUCAGUUCCGAGAGCCUUCUGUACAAACGCCACUCUGUGGUCUGUGUCAUCAUGUAGCCUUUUCUUGGUGUUUGUAAGAUCACAUACUUUUAUGUAAGAGAAGCUCUUCUUGUGAUACUUUGAUGUUUCUGAAAGGACACGUAGUGAUUUCAUGUGUUAGGAAGCCAUCUGAGAAUAUACAGUAGCAUGCUCCAUGAACAUAUUUGGCCUCCAUUUUGUCCACUAAAAUAACAUCCACAAUCUUUGCAACUCAAGCUGCACUUUAAUCAACUAAGCAUGAAGGAAAGUUGUUGAAGGUUGUCAGUGACCCUUUUGAAAUUCGCCCUUCUGUAAGAUAACAGGAAUCCAUAAAUAUCAAAGCAAGAAAGUUUUUUUUAUUCUUACAUUCAUGAAUUCAUCCAGCCAUGUCUCAUCCUUACCUGUAUCAGCCUGUCCUAAGUUGCAGGAGUUAAAUCAGUGGCCAUCUUUCAGCAAAUCUAAGAACUCCAGUUAAAGAAUAAAAUCUCUUCCAGAGGUACUAAAGUAAUGCCAAUUUAUUUUACUGCAAACAUUUGGUUUUGCGACAAAACAUCAUUAUACAUCAACUUAACAAUAUUCUGCUUUACAGAAAUAUCUUAGUUCAGCCAUGCUGAAUGCUUUUACCAAUAAAUGGCUUGUUUCAGAUCAUUAGACAACAUUUCAACUAGAUUUAAAUCCAGAUUAUUGCUGGGCCACAAAAAAAAAUCAUAAUGGGGUUUUUGGUUUGUUCUUUGGAUCUUUUGUCUUCUCUUGUAUGAAUGUUCAAUCCAGUCGUUUUUUUUCCUGUGGAUAAUAGCUCUAGCUUCUUUGAGUGUGCAAAGACUGGCUUUGUUUUUUGUUUUUUUACACGUUUUUGUCUUUCUUUCAACUAGAACAUGAUUUGGACAUAUUUAGCCGUGGUUUCCACUCUUAGACUGCUUAAAUUUAAAGGUAUCGUUGAGGAUUUUCACAAAUUUUUUUUAAAAGACCUGACCUCUACAAUUGCAAAAUGCACAUGCAUAAGCUUGUUCACACUCCUAAGAGGGAACACGAGAAUGCAAGAGCGUGCACAAGCCCAUUUCUCCCCGUGCACAUUCUAUUUAAAAGUUGCUGUUUGCAUCGCUCACAAAAGCUUACUUUUCAGAGGAUUUUUCCACUUUUUCAGACUCACCACCGGUAAAUGAAAAUGGGGAUGAGCAAAUAGGAAGGCCUUAGAUCAACACAUCACCAGAAUUAUUGACAAUUAGGAUGACCACUUAUUUUGAUGAUCCAUCUGGACAAAGAAAAUCCUCCACUAUAACUUUAACUGAUUCCACAAGGCUGGCAUAUUUCAGGACUGGGUGUUGCUAAUGGACUAAACCAUUAUCACAAAUAAUUCAUGGGAAAAUACUUUUUCACAUUAAAUCAGAUUUAUUUGUACAACUGUUUAUGUUAAAAUUAAUUUGGAAAUAUUUUGUAUUCUUAAAAGGCAGCGUUUUUUGAUAUUAAAGCAAUCAAACAAUAUGCAAGAUUUAUGAAUGGAAAAAGAGUAAGAGGAGUG